AUGUCCAAAGCUCAACAUCCAAUCAUCGUCCUCGGCGCUGCUAAUGUUGGUGAUAAGAAAGCCGAUAAUAUGGCCAAAUAUGAUACGCCUGACGAGGUGAAGAUCUUUCUUGAUACCUUCUAUGAGCGUGGCGGCCGCCAUAUCGAUACCUCCCGCAACUACUCGCCCGGAGCAGUCGGCUCGUCCGAGCCCCGUCUCGGAGCUGUAGAUGCUGGGUCGCGCUUCAACAUCGACACGAAGAUCCUCGGGCUCCCUGGUAAUGGACCUUUUCAUAACGCUCAGCAAAUCAAGGCAAGCAUCAACGCUUCCAUCGCAGACUUGGCGCUCCCGGCUGCUGUCAAGAUCGACGUCAUGUAUUUGCACAUGCCUGACCGCGAAACUCCGUUUGAGGAGACAUACGAGGCUAUUGAUCAAGCGUAUCAGGAAGGAAAGUUCAAGCGCUUUGGGUUAUCGAACUACACCGCAGACGAGGUGGAGCAGUUCGUAGCAAUUGGCAAGGAGAAGGGAUAUGUUGCUCCCACCGUCUACCAGGGGCAGUACAACCCGGUCGUUAGAUCCGGGGAGGAAAGCUUGUUUCCAGUGCUUAAAAAACACGGCAUCGCAUUUUAUGCAUACAGCCCCGCCGCUGCGGGUGUCUUCGUGGGAGGCCAGAAAAAUGCUCCGUCUGGUGGUCGGUUUGACACGUCUCACCGAGUGGGGCAGCACUAUAUGAACAUGUACUCCAAGCCCAAGAUUGCAAGCGCUGUGGACAAAACUACGGAAGUAGCGGCCAAGCAUGGUAUUAACGGCCAUGCGGCGGCUCUGAGAUGGACCACGUACCACAGCAAACUUGAUCCUGCAAACGGUGACACUGUCAUUAUCGGAGCAUCUAGCACCGCUCAGCUUGCCGCAAAUUUGGACAUCAUUGACCAAGGGCCGUUGCCACAGGACGUGGUGGAAGCCGUGGAUGAAGUUUACGGGCAACUUGGCGAGGACGCUAUCGCGUAUCAUCUAUGA